AAAAAAUACUAGCAUAUUGGAGCAAACUGAUCUUCGUUCUUCUCCUUGCAACCCACCCAUCACUCUGUUUCCUUCCUUUUCAAAGAAAAGAAAAGAAAAGAACAUGGCCGGCGCGUUGGUUGGGGGAGCAUUGCUGUCUGCUACCCUUCAAGUGUUGUUUGAUCGGUUGGCCUCUCGCGAGGUCAUCAACGUCUUCCGGGGCCGAAAGGAUGGCGAUAGACUCCUCAAGAGGCUCAAGCUAUCAUUGUUGGGACUUAAUGCUGUGCUGAAUGAUGCUGAGAACAAGCAAAUCACUAACCCAGCUGUGAAAGAGUGGGUGGAAGAGCUUAAAGAUGUCAUCUACCAUGCAGAUGAUUUAGUAGAUGAAAUUGCUACCGAAGCUUUGCGCUCCAAGUCCGAAGCCGACUACCAAAGCAGCAGCAGCAGCACUAGCCGCCACAGCCGCCUAAGCCAGGUACUAAAUUUAAUCCCUCUGACCUCAACAUCCUCUGGCUCUACUACUGCUAGUUUCUUUAAUGCGGGGAUAGAGUCCAGGCUAGAGAAGAUCAUUGAUGACUUGGAAUAUUUUGCACAAAAGAAAGAUGUCCUUGGUUUGACAGAAGUUUGCGGACAUAAUAACUGCUUUCUCAAGUCCCAAACCUCUUCUUUGGUCGAUGAAUCUGGUGUUUAUGGAAGGGAUUUUGACAAGGAGGAUGUAAUGAAGGUGCUGCUCUCCGAUGAUGAUGCGAGUGGUAGUAAUGAGAUAGGUGUGCUUGCAAUAGUGGGGAUGGGUGGGGUUGGCAAGACCACCCUUGCUCAACUUUUAUAUAAUGAUGAUAGAGUGGUUGAUCACUUUAAAAUGAAAGCAUGGGUUUGUGUCUCUGAAGAAUUUGAUGUUCUAAGCGUUACCAGAUCAAUUUUUGAGGCAGUCACUGGAAAGGCUUGUGAUGCCAAGAACCUAGAUAUGAUUCGAGUCAAGCUGAAGGAGUUGUUGAUUGGGAAGAAAUUUCUUAUCGUCCUGGACGAUGUUUGGAAUGAGAACUAUGGUCACUGGGAAAGCUUGAGUCAGCGUUUUAGAUAUGGUGCACAUGGGAGUAGGAUUAUUGUUACAACACGCAAAGACAGAGUUGCAUCUGUCAUGAAAACUGUUCAUAUUCAUCGAUUGCAGGAAUUACCACUUGAAGAUUGCUGGAAAUUGUUUGCCAAAUAUGCAUUUGAGAAGGGAGAUUCCAAUUCACAUCCAAACCUUGAAAAUAUUGGCAAAGAGAUCGUGAAAAAAUGUAAAGGUUUGCCUUUAGCUGUGAAAACAUUGGCGGGUCUUCUGUGCUCUAAACGGGAUGCUGAGGAUUGGAAUAAUGUAUUGAAAAGUGCCAUAUGGGAUUUGCCAGAGGAUGACAUUCUUCCAGCCUUAAGAUUGAGCUAUCAUUAUCUCCCUCCACAUUUAAAGAGAUGUUUUGCUUAUUGUUCCAUAUUUCCGAAAGAUUAUGAAUUUAAAAUGGAGGAAUUAGUUCUAUUAUGGAUUGCAGAAGGUUUUGUGAAGCCAAGAAGUAACAAAACAAUGGAAGAAGUAGGUAAUGAAUGCCUCGAUGAAUUGCUGUCAAUGUCAUUAUUUCAGCCAAGUGCUAGAGAAUCUUGUUUCGUCAUGCAUGAUCUUGUUAAUGAUUUAGCUCAAUCUGUGUCUGGAGAUUUUUGUUUGAGGUUAGAGAAUGACAAGCCACAUAUUAUUGCUGACAAAGUACGCCAUUUCUCAUAUGCUAGAGGCACGUUUGAUGACUUUCAAAGAUUUAAGGUAAUCAAUGAGGCUAAGUUUUUAAGGACGUUCCUACCUUUAGGGCGUAGAUAUUUUCGGAAUUGGCUGAGUAAAAUGGUUUUGAAUGUUAUUUUGUCAAGACUAAUUUGCUUAAGGGUGCUGUCUUUGCCACAUUAUCGGAUUUUUGAAUUGCCUCAUUCAAUUGGCAAUUUGAUACAUCUACGCUAUUUGGAUCUCUCUCACACGCAAAUCCUACAAUUGCCAGAGUCUGUUUGUAACCUGUAUAAUUUACAAACAUUGCUAUUGAUUGAUUGCUAUAAUCUUACUACCUUGCCAACAGAGAUCGGAAAAUUAAUUCUCUUGCGUCAUCUUGAUAUCAGUGGAACUGCAAAGUUAAGGGAGAUGCCAAUGCAAAUGAGUCGAUUAAAAGAUCUCCAAACAUUAACUGCCUUCGUAGUGGGAAAGUGUAGCUGUUCAGGUAUUAAUGAGUUGAAGGAGUUUCAUCAUCUUCGUGGAAGCCUCUCCAUUUCAUGUUUGCAAAAUAUAACGAGUUGCACGGAUGCAAUGGAAGCAAAGCUGAAGGAGAAAAAGUUCAUAGGAACAUUGGUGCUGAGCUGGGAUAGUGGAAAUCCUAAUGAUUCAGAAAGUGAAAGAGAUGUACUUGACAAACUACAACCUCAUACAAACUUGAAACACCUAGAGGUAAACAGGUACCGAGGCACAAGAUUUCCGGAAUGGUUGGGAGAUCAAUCAUUCUGUAAUAUGGUGUCUUUGUCUCUGCAAAAUUGUGAGGAUUGCUUUUUCUUGCCGUUGCUUGGUCAACUGCCCUCUUUGAAACAUCUUACCAUUUCUGGGAUGCCGAGCAUAACAAAGGUGGGCCCUGAAUUCUAUGGGGAUUGUUCUUUAAGCAAACCAUUUCAAUCUCUAGAGACUCUUAGUUUUUCCAAAAUGUUGGAUUGGGAGGAAUGGUAUAUAUUAGAUGAUGGAGAGUUCUCUCGGCUUCAAGAGCUUCGGGUAACCAACUGUCCGAAACUGAUUGGAGGCUUACCCAAACACAUUCCAUCUUGGGUGAGAGUUGAGAUUAGGGACUGCCCAGGGCUUAUGGCUUCACUUCCUAGGACAUGUGCUGCAAAUCAAUUAGUAUUGCAGGGAUGCAAUAGUGUAGAAUUGGGAUGGCAAGGUUUGUCUUCUCUCGUAAAUUUGGAAAUUUCAUCUGCAAGUUUGAAGGAACUGACACCCAAACUAUAUACCUUAAUAUAUCUGAAGGCUUUGAGGAUAGAGCGAUGUCCAGACCUAUUGUUAUUUCCAGACACAAGGUUGCCUCCCAUGCUUACAAACCUUACAAUCAUUGAUUGUAGGGCUAUAUGUUGUUUGCCGGAGAGAGUGAUGCGUCUCAACAGUUGCCUUAAACAUUUGAUUGUUCGUGCCUGUCCGAAACUAGUUUUUCCACUAUCUGAGGAGAUGGUGAACUGCUACACAUCCCUGGAAUCUUUGUCCUUGGCCACCUGUGAUACUCUCUCAUCCCUGCCACUAGGAUUGUUUCCAAAGCUUCAAUCUCUAAACAUCGAAAACUGUAGAAAUUUUGUGACUCUUUCAACUCUAAACGGACUUGGAUUCCAAAAUUUCACAUCACUCGAAUGGCUUUACUUGGAUGGGUGCUCUAAUAUGGAAUCUUUUUCGCAACAAGUAUUAAUAGCUCCCAAUCUGAAAAGUUUUGGUCUCUGGAACUGCAAGAAACUCAAGUCGUUGCCCGAUCGAAUGCAUAGCCUCACAUCUCUUCAAUCAUUGAGUAUAUGGAACUGCCCAGGAAUUGAGUCAUUUUUGGAAGGGGGUCUGCCCUCCAGCUUACAUGGUCUUGAAAUCAGGAAUUGUGCGAAACUUGUGGCUCGGAGGAGAGAGUGGGGUUUGCAAAGACUCCCUUCUCUUACAAGUUUUUAUAUCUCGGGUGAAUAUGAAGAAGAUGUCCUAGAGUCCUUUCCGGAGGAGGGUCUGUUGCCCUCAACUCUCAUAUGGCUGGAGAUCAAAGACGUACCAAAUCUCAAAUCGCUGAACAACAGGGGCCUUCAACAUCUUGCCUCUCUCAAAAACAUGAGGAUUGCGGGGUGCGCUCAACUCCAAUCCUUGCCGGAAGAAGGGCUUCCAACCUCCCUCUUUUUGCUGGAAAUCUCCAAGUGUCCAUUGUUGAAACCUCGUUGCCUAAGGGAGGAAGGACAAGACUGGCAUAAGAUUGCUCGCAUCCCCUUACUACAUACGGAUUCUGAACUCAGCUUUGAUCAACGCACUCUCGCUCCAACACAACAUUACUCUCUGUUUUAUAUCAUUUGGUAGUCAGAAAUCUUCUUACCUUUCAAGUCAG